GGAGAUGCAGUCUUUUGAGAGAUUUUCAUUGUAGUAGCAGAGGCCAACGCCACAACUGCGAGGGCUAUUUGUUAGUUGCGCUACACAUAUCAUGCCUGAACUGCCUUCUGAUGACGUGAAGGAAACAAAAGUAAAUUUGACUUAUCUUUGCAAGAAAAAUAGUAAUGCAUAUUAGUAUUAGCUAUCUUGGUAGUGCAGUUAAGAUAUCUAUUCUUCAGGUACAAAGGAUUGCAGAACAGAUGGCCAAGUCAUCCAUUAAAAAGUGUGAAGUGAAGUACAACUUGAAAGUUCCAAAGGGAACAAGGGAUCGUGAUCCUUUGCAGAUGACAAUACUUGAAGGUGUUUUUAAUACAAUAAUACAGUGUUUUAAGCGUCAUGAUGCUGUUACUAUCGAUACGCCUGUUUUUGAGCUAAAGGAAGUGCUUUCUGGGAAAUAUGGUGAAGAAUCUAAACUGAUAUACGACCUUCAGGAUCAAGGUGGCGAGGCACUUUCCCUCAGAUAUGAUCUAACUGUCCCAUUUGCCCGUUACGUUGCCAUGCAUAAGAUCAAAUCUAUCAAGCGCUACCAAAUUGGGAAAGUCUAUCGGCGUGAUCAACCGGCUAUGACGCGCGGUCGUUACCGGGAGUUUUACCAAUGUGAUUUCGAUAUUGCUGGAGACUACGGGCUAAUGUUAGCGGAUGUAGAAUGCCUUAGAAUUAUAUACGAAGUGCUUUCAGAAUUGGAUUUAGGUGAUUUUGUUAUCAAGGUCAACCACAGACGUCUGCUUGAUGGGUUGUUUUUGGCCUGUGAUGUGCCAUCUGACAAGUUUGUUUCAGCUUGUUCCUCAAUUGACAAACUGGACAAGAUCCCCUGGGAAGAUGUUAGACGAGAAUUAUGUGAAGAUAAAGGGUUGUCAACUGAAGCUGCAGAUAAAAUUGGUACCUAUGUUCAGUUAGUUGGGGGUAUGGAUCUAGUUGAACGUCUCGAGUUGGAUGAGCAUCUUAAUAAUCAACUAUCAGCUAAGACUGCUUUACAGGAAAUGAGAUUAUUAUUGAAUUAUUGUAAAGCACUUGGCAUCCAAGAGCGAAUUAGUUUCGAUUUAAGUCUGGCGCGCGGAUUGGAUUACUAUACUGGAGUUAUUUAUGAAGCUGUUCUGAAAGGUUUCACUUACAAUCCAAGUUGUCCAAAUAAAGAAUUAACUGAUUCUAAUGAAAAUGACCUGAACUCAUCUGUAAAAAAGUCCAGUAAAAAGAAUAAGAAAAGCAAAGAACAAUCAGAAGAGGAUGAGUCUAUUGCAUCUGGUGAAUCCAUGGCUGUUGGUAGUGUAGCUGGUGGUGGUCGAUAUGAUGGUCUAGUGGGAAUGUUUGAUUCUUCUGGAACACAAGUGCCGUGUGUUGGUUUCAGUUUCGGAAUCGAACGAUUAUUAGCAAUUAAAGAAGCUCUGACUAAUUCUUCAGAUAAAAGUAAAUGUAGCUUACGGUCAACGGAAACUGAAGUCAUGGUCGCUGGAGCUCACAAAGGUCUUAUUAUGCAACGUUUACAAUGUUGUCAAAUUUUAUGGAAUGCAAAGAUUAAGGCUACAAUGUCGCAUAAAAAUCAUCCUAAAUUAUUGGAUCAAUUACAAUAUUGUGAAUCAACUGGUAUACCAUUGGCUGUUGUACUAGGAGAAAGUGAAUUGGCUCGUAACACUGUCAAAUUGAGAGAUAUUCAAAGUCGAGAAGAAUAUGAAGUGUUGUAUACAGAUCUUGUGAAUAAAAUCAAAGAAUUACUCUCUACCAAAUAUCAUAAAUAAAACUUUGUUUUAUAUAUAUUGAUAUAUAUAUAUAUAUAAAAUGUAUUUGAGUGUAUGUUGUUUUGUUUUUUGACACUUGUGCAUCUUUGAAUCUUGUAUUAUUUGACGCAAUUUACCGAAUACAUUUAUUAGGAUUUGUGUUAAUUACAUGUCAUUUAUUGUUUGUUUAAAAGCACUGAUUGAACAUCGAAAACCUUUAUCUGAAUAAUGUUGAUUAUUUAAAGGAGAUACUGGGAAUUAGAAGUUAGAAAUGACCGAAAAUCAAUUUCCAAAACAUGAAUGUUUUUCAUUUUUUGUUGGUGAACUUAACUUGACGCUUAUUUUUGUUGUCGAUUUCAUCGUUAUAGUGUUGUUAAGUAGGAAAACAUUGAUAUUCUCUUUAUAACUAAGUGACAAGUUUUACUUUACAAUUUAUGGUUGUUAUCACUAUUAUUAUUAUUAUCAUGUAUUCAAUUCAUGAAGAAUUUAUUUCAACUAUUAUUU